AUGCGGUCGUGUCGUCCUUUACGAUGGGGGCUGCCAUGUGUGCCAAAGUCUCGAUUUUACUCGGGGGCUCAAAGCCCGCCACCAUGGCGGCCCGUCUCUGCGUUGGAUCAAUGGGUGGAACGUGAAAUUCGGCCCAUCAGUUUGCGCCAGUUGACGUUCUUUGGCCGUACCUUGACCGAACCCCGCCUCAUUAGCUCCGCUAACUAUGUGCGGACCGAGCUGCCCACGCGAAUUGCUCAUCGGCUCCGCGAUAUUCAGCAGCUGCCCUACGUGGUGGUUGCGAAUCCCCACCUGUCGCUUGUGUACGAACUGUACUACAAGGCGUUUGAGAAGUUUCGAGUCAUUCCUGAGAUCCGGAGCUUGGACGACAAUGACCGACUGUGCGAUGUGCUGCGGGAGAUGCUAAAGGAACACAUGGUGGUGAUUCCUAAUUUGGCAAUGGGAGUCUUGGAGUGUCGGGAGCUUGUUCCCCACAACGAGAUGGAUCGCUUCAUGAACACACUUUUGCGGGCGAGGAUAUCUCGCCGAGUCAUUGCAGAACAACACUUGGCCUUGACGGACACCUUCAACUCGCCAUGGCAUUUCCCCGAUGCCAAUGACCGAACUGACAUGAAUGCAGACUUUGUAGGCGAAGUGUUUCUGAAGUGCAAGGCGAAGGAAGUGGUCGAGCGAUGCGGGAAGGUGGCCCAGGAUCUGAUGCGACAGACCUCAGAUUCGACGCAGAUCCCCGCCAUCACCGUGCAGGGUCACUUGGAGGCUACCUUCCCCUACAUCCUCAGCCACCUGGAGUACAUCGUUGGGGAGCUUCUCCGCAACUCCGUACAGGCUGUCAUUGAGAAAUACCACAAUUCUUCCCAGCCGCCGCCGCCCAUCGACGUGCUCAUCUGCGAAACCCCACAGCAUGUAAUCAUGCGUAUCUCGGACCAGGGCGGGGGCAUCCCACGGGAGAUCCUCCCGUACCUGUGGUCGUUCAGCAAGGGACCUCGCACGCAGUCUCGGCUGGAGAACCUAGGUCAGGUGCCAGCGAUGGCGGCCACGAUGCAAGAGCUGCAGGUGUCCCAGGGGCGUAAGUCCGACCGCGAGAUGUUUCACGAGGGCUCCCUGGAUACACUGACAUCACGGCCACCGAAUCUCCGACUGGGAAUGGGACUUCCAAUGAGCCGGGUGUAUGCGGAGUACUGGGCGGGCAGUCUUGAGCUGCACAGUCUGGAAGGCUAUGGCGUGGAUGCCUUCUUGCAAAUCUCCAAGCUGGGUAACAAGAACGAGCAAGUCACAACACGGGCAGCCAUCGACGCGGUGUGA